GGUGCCUUUCCCUGCAGGUGGCUUAUCUUGAGCUGCAGACCCCCACCUAACUCUGUAUAAGAAUCAUCAUCCAUCAAUCAAUAACAGAAACGGAAAGCAUCACAGGCAGCUCUCCUGAGAACUACACUAAUAUUCAGCCAGGACAGGACAUUACAAGUUGGCGAUCUUUAACCACCUACAAAGCAGCCAUGUCGUCGACAUCCCAAAAGCAUAAACAUUUUGUGGCGGAGCCCAUGGGCGAGAAGUGUGUGACGACUCUUCCAGGCAUUGGAGCGGCUCAUGGCAAAAGGCUGGAGGAGAAAGGUUUUGGCAAGGCGUAUGAUGUCCUCGGGCAGUUUCUAGUGCUAAAGAGAGACGAGAAGCUUUGCCGAGACUGGCUGAAAGACAUUUGUGGGGCAAAUGUUAAACAACAAGGUAAAGCCUAUGCCUGUCUGAAAGAAUGGUGUGACGCCUCCUUAUAAAGCAUUAAGUCAUUGUUUUCUACUUGUACUUUAAGCUGUUUGUGUAUUUCUGAAAUCUUUUGACCCCCAAACAGAAUUCGCACAUGCCAUUCUCGUGGUCUUUGACAAGUAGGUCUAGACUAAUACCGGCCAACUCGUUCUUUUAAAUUGACAUUAAAUUAGUAAGGUUGGUGGAUAAUCACAAAUUGUUACAAUUCUAUCUGCCUGUAACGUCUACUCACUGUCAGGCCUUUUUAUUUUGAACAUUUUAACUUGUCGUAGUAGUAAAAACAACAAUGAUGGCUUCUGCCCAUAUAAGUCCUGUCACUGAGCCAGCAUGCACAUGAGCAGCGCUGUGACACAUAAAUGUAACUCAGCAUUUAUUAAUAUUGCGCUGUGUGAACAACCAGUAGACGCACUUCAGACCGAAACCGUCUACUCUCCAGUUUUUGGAAAGAAAACCUGCUCAUGUUCAUAAAACUUACUUUGUACAAGACUAUUUGAAUACGGCUUGUGCUCUCUGUUCAUUUUAAAUGUAUGCUUCAUCCAUUGUUGGUCAUAUACUGGGAUAUUACAUAUUUUAAGCUAAACAUGGUCAGUUUUUACCUUCAGACAAAUGUUUAUGUGUUUCAGCUCGGCACACUUUCUGUCUAUUAUGAUUUACCAGUUGAGUCCAAACUAAUAUUUGUACUCGCCUUCAACUCUUUGGCUUCUUGCCCUGUUUGCCUGUUUUUUUUAUCGCCAUGGGAAAGUUGAUGUCAUUAUAUCACAGUUUGGCAUCAUGUCACUGUCCACCAACAAUGUUUUUAAAGGUUUUCUUGAAGAGGUAUGUUGUCUGUUUGAAGUGUCUUGCAGAAGAUGUAACUAAUGUUAUGCGACACAAAAACUAAACCUCAAAACAAAUGUGACACUGGUCUUAGCAGAGAAGCUGAUUUUUUUUUUUUUCAUUAGAAAACUUUUAACAUCUGAUCUUGCAAAUGAAGACGCAACAGGGCCAGACCGCCACAUCUGGUCAAAGCUGGUUUUAAGUCGGGGAAAAGUAUAUAAAUAAAGAUGCAGAUGCAACAAACUCCAACACUGUCAAAAACGUGUCAGUCUGUUGCUAAUGAGAGGGCUGCUGCCUUUACAUCAACAUCGUUAGUGGCUGGCAUGGCUACCAGGAUGUAAGGUUUGGAUUAAACGGUCAUGACCGCCAUCUAAAUCAAAACUAUAACCAAGUGAAUCAAUCCACACCCUGUUAGUCUAUUAGCCGCUAAGAGGCUACAAAGUUGAUAUGCUGUUCACGUGAGAUGGAAUGUAUUUAAAGCUUCAGUGGAAGUUGACCGAAUUUCUCAUUUUGCAAAUCAAAACCCAUCCAGUCUUUUGCUUCUCAAAAGUAAAUGACUGAGUUUCCAGUGGCUUAAGAUGAAAUACCAAGAGUUUGUAGCACCAACCAGUCCGAUUUAGGUCAGGUCUUCAUAGCUGAGCUUGAUAUUCUCUUUGACUGUUUCUAAACAGGAGAUGCCUUAAUGCAUGCUAGUUCAAACUAUUUAUUCAUUCAGAAACUAUAAAAACUGCAGCAGUGCAUGCCCAGGCUGUGCAACUUAAGCUUCCACCAGAUGUAACCGUUGUGUAGCAGCAUUUUGUGAAACACUGGCUAAUGUGUUUUUUAUUUCACUGUAAAAACUCUUCAGUUUUUAUAUUGCCCUUGUUAUUAAAAAUAAAUGAAAGCAAGUAUCAGAUUUGGCACACCUGUUUGUUUUUUAUAUGUUCAUUUAAGAUUAAAAAAUGUAUCAAAUAAAAUCACAAAUGAGAGAAUCUUUGAUAACAGGAGGUUUUAUUUCCAUA